AUGCACGAGAUGGUUCCCGGGAAGCGAUUCGAUCGGUACCACGAGUUGGGACAAUAUGCUUUCGGCGAGAAGCUAGGCCUUUACAUCGUCGUUCCCCAGCAGCUGAUUGUGGAAGUCGGCGUCUGCAUCGUCUACAUGGUCACCAGCGGCAGAUCCCUCAAGAAGUUCCACGACGUCGUCUGCUCUGACUGCAAGCAGAUCAAGCUCACCUUUUUCAUCAUGAUCUUCGCCUCUGUGCACUUUGUCCUCUCGCAGCUUCCCAACUUCAACUCUAUUUCUGGGAUAUCUCUGGCCGCCGCUGUUAUGUCUUUCAGUUAUUCUACCAUUGCAUGGGUGGCUUCGGUGGACAAGGGGAAGCAGGAGCAUGUGGAAUACGGUUACAAAUCUGAUACACAAGAAAGGACUGUGAUGAGGUUCCUGGCGGCGCUGGGAGAUGUGGCCUUCGCGUACGCCGGCCACAACGUGGUGCUUGAAAUCCAAGCCACCAUUCCUUCCACUCCCGAGAAGCCUUCCAAGAAACCGAUGUGGAAGGGCGUGAUCGUCGCCUACAUCGUCGUCGCCCUCUGCUACUUCCCUGUGGCUUUCGUCGGCUACUGGGCCUUCGGCAACGGAGUCGAGGACAACAUCCUGGUCUCUCUAAGCAGACCGCACUGGCUAAUUGCCAUGGCCAACAUGAUGGUCGUCGUUCACGUGAUCGGAAGCUACCAGAUCUACGCGAUGCCUGUGUUCGACAUGAUGGAGACGGUGCUGGUCAAAAGGCUUCGCUUUCCUCCUGGUCUAACUCUUCGCCUGAUAACACGAAGUGCUUAUGUCGCAUUCACCAUGUUCGUCGGCAUAACCUUCCCCUUCUUCGGCGGACUACUCUCUUUCUUCGGCGGAUUCGCGUUCGCCCCGACCACAUACUUCCUUCCUUGCAUCAUGUGGCUUGCUAUUUACAAACCCAGAAGGUUUAGCUUAUCUUGGAUCACUAAUUGGAUCUGCAUAAUUCUUGGGGUCCUGCUGAUGAUCUUGGCUCCUAUUGGUGCAUUGCGAGACAUCAUCGGAAACAUAAUAGACAAGCAAUACAAGUUCUACCAAUGAGAAAGGCCGGUGUUGACUUGGGAACGAGUUGGGUGGGGAUUCAUAGCGAGGCAAAUUAAAUACCAAGGAAAACGUAAGAGGUACAUAGUGAAAUUAAGUGCAUUGUGUGAUGUCAACAAAUGGGCAAUUGAUUAAAUUAUUGAUCGAGCGAAAAGGUUGUAGCAUUCCAAGUGUCUGGAGUGCGAGUUGUUGUACAAUGAAUGUAUAUUACUUAUGGUACCA